AUCUGUAAUCCAUUGAUUCUCUACCAAUCUCUCUAUCUCUACCCCCAAUCCCAAAUCAAAAACCUAGGGUUUCAUAUCUCUCUCUCUCUCUCUCUCUCUCUUAAACCAUGACAGGAAAAGCGAAGCCAAAGAAGCACACAGCGAAGGAGAUCGCAGCAAAAGUUGACGCCGCAACCACAAACAGAGGAGGAGGAAAAGCUGGUCGGGCUGAUAGGUCAGGAUCUGAGAAAGGCGGCCAUGCGAAGCUUGAGUGUCCUCACUGCAAGAUCACAGCUCCGGAUCUCAAGUCCAUGCAGAUCCACCAUGAUGCUAAGCACCCUAAGCUUCCUUUUGACGAUUCCAAGCUCGUCAAUCUCCACGCUUCCCAUGUUGUUGAGUCCAGUAAACCACGCCCUGGCGUCCGUGGCAGCCACAAGAAUUGAAGAGCUUAUUGGCAUCUAAAUAAAGUUAGGAUCUUGAUGCAGACAACAAAUCAGACCUAUCAAUAUGAUUGAUUUUGUUGGACUUGAUUGAUGGUGAUUGAUGCCGAUUGCCACUGAUUGAUGCUGAGAGAUUUGACUGUUAUUUGAAUGUUAUUUCCAUAUAUUAUGUAGUCUCGUUAUGGUUUUAUUUUCUGUCCAUAAAAGAUGUAAUUUCGGGACUAUUUAAAGGGUCUCAAGUUUGCUAUUGUAACUGGUUAAUUAUGGAUUUAUAAAAUUUGGGGGUUUUAUUCUAAUGCUUGGGGCUCUGAUUCCAAGCAUGCACAA